AUGGGAGUGCCUGCGCGGGGAGCACUCGCGGCGAUUGUCGCCAUAAGCGCGUUCGCUGUCUAUCUAAAUAGCCUUAAUUGCGGCUUCGUUUUCGAUGACAUUUCUGCGAUAAAAGAUAAUCGCGACUUAAGGCCUCAUACACCUCUAAAAAACGUUUUUUACAAUGAUUUCUGGGGUACUCCGAUGCAUAAGGAGCAGUCGCACAAAUCAUAUAGACCUUUGUGCGUUCUCACAUUCCGAUGGAAUUACUUGAUUCACCAGUUGGAUCCUAUGGGAUAUCACCUGCUUAAUGUUAUCCUACAUGUUGGAGUAUGCUUAUUAUAUUUCAGGACAUGCUUGAUGUUUCUAUCUGAUUCUGCAACUUUUGUAUCUUCUCUUCUGUUUGCGGUUCAUCCUAUACAUACAGAGGCAGUUACAGGAGUGGUCGGAAGAGCAGAAACAUUGUCCUCUUUAUUUUAUUUAGCGGCUCUAAUCAUGUACACUAAAUGCUGUAGAAGUAGAAGAUCUACAGGAUGGAAAUCUUUGAUAUUAUCUAUGUCUUUUGUUUUCACUGCCAUGUUGUGCAAAGAACAAGGAAUAACAGCCACUGCAGUUUGUGUAUUCUAUGAAAUUUUUGUUGUGCAAAAGGUAAGAGCAAUGGAUAUUUUCCUAACGUUAAAGGCAGCUUUUGGUGGGAAGAAAAUAUCACUUGCUUGGUCCAGUGAAGGUACAAAACGAUUGACAGUCCUUACGCUUGUCACGUUUAGUUUACUUAUCCUUCGGCUACAUGUAAUGGGCUCAAAGUUACCUGUAUUUACCAGAUUUGACAAUCCCGCAUCUGUGGCCCCAACGCCAAUAAGGCAGCUUACCUAUAAUUACCUCGCAGCAGUUAAUCUAAGGCUGCUAUUUCUUCCAAGCGAUUUAUGCUGUGAUUGGACUAUGGGAACGAUACCGUUAAUAGAAAAUUUUACAGAUCCUCGUAAUCUGGCCACUAUAGCAACUCAUACGACCAUAUUAGGAUUGUUGGUAACAGCAAUUUUAACACCUAAUAGACAAACUUCCAUUAUUCUCAUAAUGAGCUUGGCUAUGAUGAUACUCCCAUUUUUACCUGCCUCAAAUCUCUUCUUCCCAGUUGGAUUCGUCAUUGCGGAAAGAGUAUUGUAUGCUCCAUCUAUGGGAUUUUGUAUGCUCAUUGGAUAUGGAUGGAGCAUUUUAUCCGAUAAAAAAUUUAAGAAAGUAACACUAUUUUUAUUAAUAACUCUUUUGGCUGCGCACACAACGAAGACUUUUAUCAGGAAUUACGAUUGGUUGGACGAAUAUUCUAUAUUCAUGUCAGGAUUAAAAGUGAAUGUUCGCAAUGCUAAAUUGUUCAAUAAUGUGGGGCAUGCUUUGGAAAGUCAAGGAAGAUUCAAGGAAGCAUUAAAUUUUUUUAAUAUGGCUGUGCAAGUUCAAGGCGAUGACAUUGGUGCACACAUUAACGUGGGUAGAACCUAUAAUCACCUGAAAAUGUUUAAGGAAGCUGAAGAUGCAUAUCUGAAGGCGAAAUCUUUACUACCAAAACCAAAACCCGGAGAGUCGUACCAAGCGCGAAUAGCUCCGAAUCAUUUGAACGUUUUCGUAAAUUUAGCAAACCUAAUAGCGAAGAAUGCAACUAGGUUAGAGGAAGCCGAUCUGCUUUAUAGACAAGCCAUUAGUAUGCGCGCCGAUUACACGCAAGCGUAUAUUAAUCGAGGCGAUAUUUUAAUUAAACUUAAUCGUACCAAAGAAGCCCAAGAAGUUUAUGAACGGGCCCUUUUUUACGAUAGUAACAAUCCAGACAUUUAUUACAACCUUGGGGUCGUAUUUCUUGAACAAGGGAAAGCAUCUCAAGCUCUAGCAUAUCUUGAUAAGGCUCUCGAAUUUGAUCCAGAACACGAACAAGCGUUACUCAAUUCAGCUAUUUUACUCCAAGAGCUAGGACGUGCUGAAUUACGAAAAGUAGCUAGAGAAAGGCUUCUGAAACUUUUACGAAAAGAUUCUAACAAUGAACGAGUUCAUUUUAAUCUUGGAAUGCUGGCUAUGGAUGACCAUGAUAGCGCAAGCGCAGAACGAUGGUUUCGUAAUGCUGUUGCUCUUAAAGAGGAUUUCCGUUCAGCAUUAUUCAAUUUGGCUCUUUUGCUAGCAGAUGAACAACGCCCCCUUGAAGCUGCUCCAUUUUUAAACCAACUAGUUAGAUUUCAUCCGGACCACGUUAAAGGAUUAAUUCUCCUAGGUGAUAUUUAUAUAAAUAAUAUAAAGGAUUUGGAUGCUGCUGAAAAUUGUUACCGUAGAAUACUGCAACUGGACCCAACAAAUAUUCAAGGCCUUCACAAUUUAUGUGUCGUAAUGGUUGAGCGUGGUAAGUUAGGCUUGGCUGCUCAAUGUUUGGAAAGAGCUGCAGCCCUGGCACCUCAUCAGGAUUACGUGCAUAGACACCUGGCUAUUGUCAAGGCUCGUAUCAGCAGACUACCUCCGGAGCAGCGCGACACAGAGGUGUUCGACGAUUCCUUUUGGCAAACUGGUCCCAUGGAAAGAAAUUUCAACAUGGGAGAUAUUUCCAGCAGCAGUAGUGUUGGAAGUACUAGUGGUGCAAAUGGUCUCGGCAAUAUGGAAAAUAGCGGUAGCCAAUUUCUAGGCAAAACGGAUUCUGUAUUCUCGAAUCACCAUAAUCAUAUAAGCCAUAAAAAGAGCAGCACGGACUCAAUGAAUAAUCAUAUUGUGCAUCUGAAGAGUUCAUCGAAACCUGCAAGAGUUCCAUUGAACGAAGUGAAGCAGGAAGUGAAAGAUACGCACAUCAAUCACGACAGAUCGUUGAAAACGAGUGCAAGUUCGAACGAGCAGCAAGAAUUUUCGCCUGGAAAGGUUUUUGGUAAAAGCGUGAGCUCAGAUGCAACGGAAUUGACAAUCGAUCGGGAACGUACGACUAAAAUGAGUAAUUCGGAGAAGUUCGAUAGCGCUACACCGGCAUUUUCAACUGGCGAAAAGCAUGCUGGAACCACGCGACAAAAAGAUACCGCACUUUCAUAGUACUGACAUUUGAAAAUCGCGCCGAAUAUUGUAUAAAGUUAUAUUCUACAUAUAACGAAAGAAUAUGGUGGUACAGUCGUAUAGAGCUAAUGUGUGAAUAUAAAAUAAAUACAGAGUAUUGUUUUAUAUGCUGUACGAAUAGAACGUUUUGUAAAAUAUAUUAAAAAAUGUGCA